AUGUAUAACUCUACAUAUAUGUUUGAUGAUGACUGUGAUGAAAUCCCAACCCAGCAUGCUAUCCAGGAAAGCUUACAAGAUAUGCAUAAAAAUGAAACAAAUGUGGAGGUAGCAGAAAAUGAGAGCUUCAAGUUUGUGGCAAGCAGAGAACGCACUAAGAUAAUUGCAGCUAUUCGGACAGUUAAUGUGUGUCUACGUACCACAGGCCAAGAGGAGGCCCUGAAGAAGCUGGUGAAGCACAGUUCUGCCUUUGAGGAAGCAGACCUGCAAGGCUGGCUUCCAGUGCAUGAAGCUGCAGCACAGCUCAAUAAGAAUAUCCUAGAAAUAACUUUGAGAGCGUCCAGUGCCAUAACAUGGGAACAAACCACUCUAAAGGGGGAAACGCCUCUUUUGGUAGCGGUAAGAAAUUGCCUCGUAGAUAAUGUCCGCUUCCUCCUCCUCAAUGGCAGCAAUCCCAAUGUUAAGAAUGAAGAAGGAGAUUCUCCUUUAGUUACAGCAAUUAAACACAACUCAUAUGAGAUUGCCUCCCUGUUGAUAAAUUUUGGUGCAAAGGUGGACUUGCAAUGCGUCCACAAGAGGACUGCUUUACAUGAGGCAGCCAGAUUAGGCAGGAAGGAUCUGGUGAAGCUUCUGCUUCAUGCCGGAGCAGACCCCGAUCCUCGCAGCGGGUAUGGACUCACACCUCUAGCAUUAGCUGCACAGACUGGGCAUACAGAAAUUAUGGAGCUGUUACUGCAAAAAGGUGCUGAUGUUCUUUCACAGGCAAUGGACUGUGCUUCUGUGUUGUUUGAGGCUGCAGGAGGAGGAAAUCCAGACUCGCUGAGCCUUUUGCUAGAGUAUGGGGCUGAUGCUAAUGUUCCAAAGCACUCGGGUCAUUUGCCAAUCCACAGAGCUGCAUAUAGGGGACACUUCCUAGCCUUAAAGAACUUAGUUCCAGUUACUGAUUUUGAUGCCAUUAAAGAAAGUGGGAUAAGUCCAGUUCACUCAGCUGCAGCAGGAGCACAUCCUCAGUGUCUUGAGUUUCUCCUCAAAUCUGGGUUUGAUGCCAAUUUUAUGUUGGAUCAAAGAGUUCGCAAAGGUUAUGAUGACCACAGGAAAUCAGCGCUGUACUUCGCCGUUUCGAAUGGGGAUAUCUGUUCAACACAGUUACUGCUGAAUGCUGGAGCCCUCCCAAACCAAGAUCCCAUCAACUGUCUCCAAAUAGCCUUGAGAAUGGGCAACUAUGAGUUAAUGAAUCUUCUGCUCCGGCAUGGGGCUAAUGUCAAUUACUUCUGCAGGGUGAAUACAACACAUUUUCCAUCAGCUCUACAGUAUGCGCUGAAAGAUGAAGUCAUGUUGAGAAUGUUGAUGAACUACGGCUACGACGUGCACCGCUGCUUCGACUGCCUUCGGGGAAGUAGUUCCCAUUCCCAGUAUGUGACUGAUGGAUGGACUUCUACUGUUAUCAAAGACACAAUGUUCUGUGAAGUCAUCACCUUGUCAUGGCUGAAGCAUCUGUCUGGCAAAGUAGUGCGAAUAAUGUUAGAUUACGUUGAUCACGUUAAUAUCUGCUGGAAGCUAGAAGCAGUUCUCAAGGAACAGGAACUCUGGCCAGAAAUCAAUUCAAUUUUAACAAAUACUCGCUCUUUGAAGCAUCUUUGUCGUCUGAAGAUACGGGAAUGCAUGGGCCGCUUGCGUCUACGUUGUCCUGUCUUCAUGACCUUCCUUCCACUGCCAAACUGCUUGAAAGACUACAUCCUAUACAAGGAAUAUGAUCUUUAUGGACAGGAAAACUUCAUAGGAAUCUACAACCUCAACUGUACAUAA